AUGAAAAUACCGAUACUCCCAAGUUGGCGUAACUCUUUUGGAUUUUUGCACUAUGCCAAUGUUUCUGUGGGGACGCCAACUUUAUCAUUUUUGGUGGCAUUGGACACAGGCAGUGAUCUGUUCUGGCUACCAUGCGAUUGUAUGGCAGGAAGUUGCGUAACUGCCUUGCAGACAUCAUCAAGUAUAAUAGACCUCAGCAUCUACAGUCCUAGUAAUUCAUCAACAAGCAAAAAUGUUUCCUGCGACAGCACUUUGUGCAGACAAACUCAAUGCCCUUCAGCAAAUAGUAACUGUCCUUAUAACGUAUCGUAUCUUUCUAGUAACACUUCAUCAACUGGGAUCUUUGUAGAGGAUAUUUUGCACUUAAUUACAGAUGAUGAUCAACAAAAAGCUGUUGACACUCCGAUUACUUUUGGUUGUGGUCAAAAUCAAACUGGUAUUUUUUUGGAGGGUGCGGCACCAAACGGUCUAUUUGGACUUGGCAUUGAGGAUAUAUCUGUUCCCAGCACCUUAGCAAGAAAUGGGCUAGCUUCAAAUUCUUUUGCCUUGUGUUUUGGACGUGAUGGGGUUGGUAGAAUCAGUUUUGGAAAUAAUGGCAGCUCAGACCAACGAGAAACACCAUUCAAUAUUAGGCAAUCACAUCCAACUUAUAACAUCAGCAUCACUCAAAUAACCGUGGGACAAAAUUCUUCUGAGUUGGAGUUCAGUGCAAUCUUUGACUCUGGUACAUCGUUUACUAGCCUAAGGGAUCCAGCUUAUACUUUUAUUUCUGAGAGUUUCAAUUCCCAGAUUCAAGAGAAACGGCAUACAUCUGAUCCCCAGAUGCCUUUUGAAUACUGUUAUUACUUGAGUGCAAAUCAAACCAGUUAUGUAAUUCCUGAUGUGAAUCUGACAAUGAAAGGGGAAGACAGAUAUUUUCUCAAUGAUCCAACUGUAAUUGUCAGUACCGAGGAUGGUGCGGUUUUGUAUUGUCUGGGUCUUCACAAAAGCGAUGUUAAUAUAGACAUCAUAGGACAAAACUUUAUGACUGGCUAUCGCAUAGUUUUUGAUCGCGAGAGGAUGGUAUUGGGUUGGAAGGAUUCUAACUGUUACAAUGAUCAAACCUCGAACAACCUACCUAUCAGCCCAUCACAACCUCCGGUUGUCUCCCCUGCUCAUCCUGUCGACCCGUAAGCCACAGGAAGCACAAGAAACAACUCUCAAACACUUGUGGCAACACCGUCGUUUAGAUUUAGGAGGAAACAUGUGUUG